GCCUGUACCACUACCCUCGAGUGCCACUCUCCUCCGCCCGUUUAACCCAAUCCAGCUUCCAGCUUGACAUCAUCCUCGAAUAUUCGCAACUGCUCCCAAUCAGUUUGCCGCUCCACCUCCACAAAACGAAAGGCCUCGACACACCAUCGUACCUUCCACACCCCUUCACGACCACAAUGGCACCUGCUUCCUUCGCUUCAGCAGCUGCAGGCAGUAACGCUGGCGCUGCGCGGACAGACUCGAGCGGCGAAUGGGCUCGACGCACUAAUGGUGCUACGCAAACAUUCCGCCGGCCCUCACACGUGCCCACGUCCUCUGGCUCAGCACCAGCCCCCGCCUCCCGAGACGUCCCUGCCCCUGCACACGCGACAAAUUCUGGAGUCUAUGUACCGCCGCACGCGCAACCGGGGCGUAGUGGUGGCUCCGUUGCGGGCAGCUACUCCCGCGAUCAGUUAAUGCAGCUCUUCCAGUCCCAGCGCGAAUCCGACGAGAUUCAUGAAGGACUCUCGCACUUGUACAUGGGCUCUUGGGAACCUCAUGCCACAAACGGUGCCUCAGGCGCGUCAUGGGGGCGCAAGGACGAUCAUGGACGGGAGUCUCAGAGCGGGGUCGACCAGUGUUGGGACAAGGACGGCAGCAUAGAGCCACUGCACCUGAUCGCUUUCACAGACGACGAGAGAGAGGUCUUUUCGUCUUCUGUCAAUUCGCCGCUCAAACCACCGACGCAGAAUACAAACAAAGACGGCACUUCCAAGGAGCCUUUGUCCUUGCGCAAAAGCUCGAUUUCGCAGACACCAGGCACGCCAUAUGGUUUGUCGUCGCCUACCACAGCGCGACCUGGAAACCGCCGCCGGGAUACUGGCGAUGCGUAUCCUUUCCCUUCGUCGCCUGCAACCUCCCGUUUCGCCCGCGAAGAGUCUAAUACAGUCACCCCACCGGCUUCCUUGAUACGUCGCCGAACGGGCCACCUGGAGCCCGCUAUCGGCGAAGAGAGUGAAGAAGCGAAGGGCGCCGGGGAGAACGCUGUACUUUUCAGCAACCUGAAGCGCACGACAACUGCACCCUUCAGUCCAGGCGGUGCAUCUCCAUGGGCUGCUCCUCAAGGAGGUGGAUUCUCGGGUCCCAUGGGCGCGUUUGGCAGUUUUGGUGUUUCCCAGCCCGAGAAGAAGCCUGGACUUGGGAGCGUCCGGGGUGAAAGCAGAUUCAAAGGGUUGAUGGGAAAAGCAAGCACUGAGGAAUUUGACAAAGCUCCAAAAGAGAAGGGAUCAUCCAGCAACCUGGGCAACCUUGGCGAAGCAGACUCCUCGAAGCCGUCCUGGAUGGAGGCGCGCUCCAACAGGCCCUUGAGCAGCGAUACUGAUCCGUAUCUGGACGACGAUCAUCCCACUGGCUCAGCUGCGCUUCGAGGCGAGGAUGUCAGCCCCCCUAGGCAUGGCUUAGGCGGCUUUGGCACGCCACACCGACCGGACGAUGGCGGCCUGGCUCCAUUUGGCAUGACCACUGACAAUACUGGCUUCCGUGACAUGUUUGGCAAUUUCAGUCAGCAGACACCGCACCGUGGAGGAGAAAGAGGCAAUGAUCAGAUGAGCCCAACGGAUACGAACCCUUAUAGGAGCCCAGAUCACGCUCGUGAGCAGCAAGAGGAGGACUCGGAAGGAUCAGACGUUCCGAAUACGCACUAUCCCGGCAUGGGUAGCUUCCAGGUUGAAUCGAACCAUCCUGGCUUGCACAACGCAUUUGGAAGUCUUGGGGGCCUUGGAAGAGCGUCAGGAGCCUUUGAGGCUGUUCCUGGUGAUCGAAGUCAGACAUCCAGUGUUGGUCCCGGACGCGGAUUUCCCACUCUGCCAGGACUCGGAGGCCUACCUGGACUUGGAGGUUCCUCGGCUUGGUCUGCAGGCCCGCAAGGAUUGGGUACUCCCUCUCGAGAGCGACCCUUCGGCUUCGAUAGUGCAUUUGGAAACGUCGGCGAGGUUCAGUCACCAUCCCUCGCUGGGCUUGGGAACAGCUCUCUGUUUGGAGCAGGCUCAGGUCUGGGCCAUGGAUCGAUUGGUCGGGCUAGCAAGCUCGGAUCGCUCUUCCCCGCUUCGAUGCAGGAGCAGAUGCGUUCGAACGAGCAGCACGGCGAAGAGGGCUCAUCACACGGUGAUCGCAACCACAGCAUGACCGGAGGUUUUGGCAGAUUUGGUGCUCAAGCCCCUGGCAGCGGCAUUCCCAACCGUGAUACCGAUAGUCCUUUCCGUGCGAACCGCAAUCUCUUUGACGACUUCUCUGGAGCCAGUAGCGAUGACCAUGGCGGCUUUAGUCAGAACUCCGGUGCUCAGUCGAACUUGGCAACUACAUCGCUGUCUAUGGCUGCGCUCAACCAGACCAGGACUGCACAGCCGUCAACGCCUGGCCUCGGAUCUCCAGCUUCGAGUCAGCCUCCCCAGCCUCAGCAACGUACCAUGGUCAUGCCUGAUCGCAUGAGGUGGAUCUACCGUGAUCCAUCAGGCAACACGCAAGGUCCGUUCUCUGGACUUGAGAUGCACGAUUGGUAUAAGGCUGGCUUCUUCUCCCCCGAGCUUUUGGUCAAGAAACAGGAGGAGCCAGAUUACGAACCCCUAGCCCAGCUUAUCCGCCGUAUCGGCAACUCUCGUGAACCAUUCCUUGUCCCGCAGAUCGGCAUACCCCAUGGACCGGCUACUGCUCAACCUGGCAACAGCUGGGCCGGCGGUGCAGGCGCUACACCCGGCGCUCAGCCACCAUUCGCUAACAGCUUCCCCAGCUUUGGUACUACCUUGACCGCGGAACAGCAAAACGCCCUUGAACGUAGAAAGCAAGAAGAACAAUAUCUGAUGGCUAGGCAAAAGGAGCACUUGGCCGCACAACAAUCUGUCAACCUCAGAUCGGCUCAGUUGGGCGGCAUUAUGCCGAACCAGCUUCAACAUCACUCCAGUGCUCAUAGCCUGCACAGCCAGCCAAGCUUUGGCAGUAUCACCUCGCCUGGCGGUUACCAACCCUCUCCUACCCAGGGACCAGGUGCCGGUGCACCUGCAUCUGGUCUCAUGGAGAAUGCCUUCAGGCCCGGCAUGGUGCCCGGUCUGGGCCCGAUCGGUCCGGGUAUGGAUAUGAUGGGCAACAUGCGGGACGAAGAAGUGUCAGGGCUCAUGGAUCGCCUCAACCUCGGCCGUGGCGGACAGCCUUCUUUCGGUACUGCCCCUGGAUCGUUCGCGCCACAGCACCCCGAAGGCGCGUCACACGCGCAGAAUGUCGUGGCUAUGCUCAACGACCGAGCACGACUGCAGCGUGAGCAGGCUGAUCAUGAUGCCAUGCAGAGGCUCGGCCUAAACGAUCAGCAGGCCACCCAAGCUUCUGCCGACCGCCUACAGCAGUUCAACGACUUGCGUGUGCAAACCGACCUCGAUCAAUCUCGCACUGCUCCUCUAGAGGGCGUGAUUGGAAAGUCGUCAGCCUCUACUGCGCAGACACAGGAGCAAGAAGCCGACCCUCAAUCACCUGAAUACGACGACACCCAAGAACAAGCACCAGAGUCAAGUGCUGAGGGCCCGGCUGCCUCACAGGAGCUGCUUUCUUUGACGGAGCAGGUCCAGAAGGCACAGUCUGCUAAGCAAUCGCCUCAGCCCCAGUCAGCUUGGACGCCCGUGGAGCCUGCCCUCUACCCCUUCCCGCCUGCACCCUCGCAGUCUCCUCUUCCAGCUCCGGCUGCGCAGAGGAAGGCUAUCGUCCCUGGAGACUUGCACGCUGACUCUCGUGCUGCCACCCCUGGGGCUGACACACCAAGCGCAUCCAUUGCACCAUGGGCGAAGGAGCCCACCGAAGCCUCGAGGGGCCCAUCUCUGAGGGAGAUCCAGGAAGCAGAGGCUAAGAAGGCUGCUGAACGCGAAGCUCUCGCCGCUGCUGCCCGCCGUGAGGCAUUCGAGAAGGAGCUCUUGGCUCAAACCCAGUCGCCUGUAAUUCAGCCUGGUCUUCCGUCCAGCUCUACUUGGGCGAGCGGCACUGGUACUUCCCCAGCUACUCCAGCUCCUACCGGUGGUGCCUCUGUCUGGGCCAAGCCCGCUGCUGGCAAGCCACCCGCUCAACCAACUCCCACCUCCAAGAAGACCCUCCAGCAGAUCCAGAAGGAAGAGGAAGCCCGCAAAAACCGUGCAGCGGCUCAAGUAGCGGUAGCCGCUACUGCUGUUGGUGUUGUGCCAGCAGUCACCGUUGCUGGAAAGCGUUACGCCGAUUUGGCCAGCAAGCAGACUCCGGUCCUGCCCGCCGGUGCUCUUGCCGUCGGUGCUAGCCCCUGGACCACCGUAGGCGCGAGCGGCAAGGUCAAGGCCCCAGGUGCUCCUGCUAGUCCCGCACCCGCUGCUGUUCGCUCGACCAGCUCGACUGUUAUACCCUCGAUCCUCAAGAAGCCUGCCAUUAUACGCACUACCACUCUCGGUGGCGUUUCGGGCAAGGCCAACGCUGAAGAGGAGUUUCGCAAGUGGGUCGUGAACGAGCUUCGCUCUGACCUUAACAAGGGCAUCAAUACUGAGGACUUCGUCUCAUCGCUUUUGAGCUUUCCCGCCGACGCCGAGCUGAUCACGGAGUCCGUUCACUCAGCCAGCAACACGCUCGACUCUCGUCACUUCGCCGAGGAGUUCCUCCGCCGCCGUAAGCUUGCCGACAAGGGCAUCAUCGACGACCGCAAUACGUCCAGCCCCGCUGAUAACAAGUCUGCAAGCAGCGGCUGGUCUGAGGUUGCAAAGAAGGGCGGUGCAAGCAUGCAGCAGCAGCAGCAGCAGCCUGCUCUCGACUCUGGCGCGUUCAAAGUGGUCCCGAGCAAGAAGAAGGGCAAGAGGUAGAUUGACUUGUCGUCAGAACUUUGAGGGGCACAAUCGCUCUGAACGUUUGGAAUAUAUGCAGCACGGGCAUGUGUUGGUCUAUCUGAUGUACGGAUAUGCGAAACUCAGCGGGCAGUAUUCGGAAAAUGUCAUCGACGAUAGCCGAGGCUAUGCGUAGCCUACGUAGUCAAUGGAAUAAGACAUGUUGUCGUCGAAUGCAUUCUUCUCUACGCGUUGGUCGUCUUCCUUGUAUUAUUCACAAACAAAGAUGAUUGCAGUGUGUUCGAGACGGGUGUAGGACAAUCUACAAUCCACGGUUUGUGGACGACAUCUCUCCUCAAAACAGGUCAUUGCCAUUGCAUGCGUACAUCACAGUACUCCAGCCCAUCAAAACGCC